CUUACACUAGGAGGGUGCACUCUCUACAAGCCUCUAGAGGAGAAAUCAAGGCCAGCAUCCAAAUAUUUUCCAACAGGGAACACUGGAACUAGUGCCAUAGGAUAUCUUGGUUAUAUUUGUUUCAUUGUGCUAAUACUGCGCUGCUUACGGAAGAGAUGGAUGGAGCACAAUAUUUAACCAAGCCUGUUAAUGAGUCAAAAAUGGAAGAAAAUCAAGAAAAUUGCAGUGAAAAUGAUCUGAUCGCAUUAUCUAUACUAGAUCGGAGAUACAUACCUUCAAAACUAACCAGUGUGGCUUGGGAAGGAUUCUACUUUGUUGGAAAUGAAAUUAAAAUUGUGGAAGCCACGGAUCUCUAUGGAGCUACAGUUUGGCCUUCUGCCCUUGUCUUGUGCUAUUUUCUGGAAAAACAUGGAAAACAGAUUAAUAUCGAAGACAAGCAUGUACUGGAGAUAGGAGCUGGGACUGGACUUGCUUCUAUAGUAGCUUGUCUCCUUGGGGCACAUGUCAUGGCAACGGACUUAAAGGAUUUGAUUGGCAAUCUUCAAUACAAUAUUUCUCGAAAUACCAAGCUGAAAUGCAAGCAUGAGCCCCAAGUUAGAGAAAUGACUUGGGGAUUUGAGUUGGAAAAGUCAUUUCCAAAAUCUUCUUUAAAAAUAGAUUACAUCCUUGCAGGGGAUGUUGUAUAUGAUCACCCUUAUUUGGAAGAACUUAUAGCAACAUUUGAUCACUUAUGCCAAGAAAAUACCAUAAUAAUCUGGGCCAUGAAAUUUAGGAAGGAAAAUAGAAUUAAAGAAAAAAGAUUUAUAGAAAAGUUUCAGAAGUUAUUUGACAUGGAAGUUGUUUAUGACUUCCCUAGCUUAACUAUUCAACUGUAUAGAGCUGUGAGAAGGAAGAGAAUAAUAUCAAGUGUUUAAAAACAUGGAUAUGCCAUUUAUUAAUAAAACGGAAGUACAUUUUUUACAGUUA